ACAGCUAGAUAGAUGCGCAUGCGCGCAAGGCAGCUGUGAAGUUGUUAUGGGAAACUCAUGCAAACAACUUUGUUCAUCGAAAAUUCUGCAUGCAGCUCUCAUUAGAACGUGAAUAAACGGGAACCAAUUGGAUACAAUUAGAACGGGAAAACAGGAAUCGGCUCCUCAUUAAUUGCAAGCUAGACGUCAACAUGCCCGAGAAUGGUGCUGCUGAAAUGGUGGAGGACCACAUCCGGACUUAUGUCCUCUCUAAGAUGGUCCGAGUCGCAGAGUUCUUCAAAGAUUUUGACAGUUUAAGAUCCGGCUUUGUAACACGUGCUCAGUUCCGAAGAUGUCUCGACCAAGGAUUCAAUCUAAACUUAUCAGAAGAUAUUCAGGAAACACUCAUUGCUAAAUAUGCAUCUAGGAAGGAUGGCACCGAUCUUGUCAAUUACCAGAGGUUUGCAGAUGUCAUUGAAAGAACAUUUCAACCAGAUAAACUACAGAAAAGACCAGAGACACAAAUUAUCAAGGCACCAGAAAUUCUUGGAACGUCUCGGACCAUCCGACCACUAAGCCCUGCGUCACAGAACCGCAUCACGGCCAUGAUUCAACAAAUUGCCCCUUAUUACAAAUACCAUGAGAUUACCAUUCGGAGCUGUUAUGAGGAUUUUGACAAGCAUAACAAGGGCAUCAUAACAGAACCUCAGUUCUUCCGUAGUUUUCCAUAUCCACCUGGAAUCAGCGAAGAUGACGUGAAGCUCUUGGCCAAAGGAUAUCGCGAUCCAACCAAAGAAGGCAUCUGCAACUAUCUCAAUUUUCACAAUGAUGUGGAAAAGGCUAAAGAAGGAAUGGAAGAGAAGCUAUUCGAAGGCAAACCCCCUGCAAAUUAUAACAUUCCUAAAGAGAUUGAAGCUGACAACGAACUCAGUCAAAUCUUCGCCAAGAUCCAAGUAGCCAUCCACAAGUACGGCAUCCGUACGCCGGAGUUCUUCCGCGAUCACGACAAGCUCCGGAGCUACAUCAUCACUGAGAACCAGUUCAAGUGCGGUCUGCUGCUGUGCGUGGGCAACAAGGUCACCUUGACGAGGGACGAGGUUCAGAAGCUUGUCGAUUACUACAAGAGACCCGACGGGAGGGUGCACUACAAGGAAUUCUGUGAUCUCAUGGAAAAUGCUUUCAACGACCCUAAUCUCGAGAAGAAGCCGACCACCGAGGUUUAUCGCCCGCGACGGGGAGAGCUCUCCAGAACCCUAAACACGUUGAACUCGCCAAAGGAAGAAGAAAGGUUGAACUUCAUCUUGGACAGGCUCUCCGCAGAUGUGAAGAAGAGGAGGCUGAUGAUGAUACAGUACUUCCAAGAUUAUGAUAGGAGCAAAGCCUACACCCGCAACAUGACAAAGAUUCAGUUUGGAAGGAUGCUCCACUUCUUGUCUCUUAACGUCGGCAAGGAAGAUUUUGAGAUUCUCUGUCGAAAGUUUGAAGACCCCACCACCAAGGAUACAAUCAGCUACCCAGCCUUCGUGCAGGCUGUCGAUAAAGAAUACAUUGGCUUUACGACUGAUAAGAGCGGUGAUAAACCUAAGAGAAGGCCCAAGACUCCAACAGCUGACAAACCAAUCGAUUCAAGCAACGUUGAUGUCGCAGAGCUUGUGGCUCGUAUCAGGCAUCAUAUUCUCGCUAACAGAAUACGAGUUUGUGAAUACUUCCAGGACUUUGACCCCCUAAGGGAGAGGUCCAUUCCACGAAGCAAGUUCCGUAUGGGUCUAAGUGCCAUGGGACUGAGUGCUCUAGGUCAGUUCAACAUGACUGAGCCCCAGUUCAAAGCUCUCAGUGAGACCUAUGCAGACCCCACUGACCCAGAUGCUGUUCUUUGGCAGAACUUUGAGAAGGAUAUUGAAACAGUUUUCACUCAAGUGGUUCCGAAUCUGGAGAAAACCCCGACCAGCACCGUGAUCCCUACCGAACAGUUCUUGAUGGACAAACCAGGCACAACAGACUGGAGCUUGGCACCGGGUGAGGUGCACAUCACCUUCGAGGAAGCCAUGAACCGCAUGAGGGAGCGCGUGGAGCAACGGCGCGUCCUGCUCAAGCCUUGCUUCGAGGAUUUCGACAAUCACAACAUGGGGAUUGUCACCAAGAACCAGUUCCGUCAGUGCCUGUUCUACCUCGGCCUGAAUGCUUCCGAAGACGAGAUGCUCGUUCUGGAGGCCAAGUACACCAACAACAUGGGGUUCAACUACACGAGGUUCCUGGAGGAACUCCAGCCGAAACCUCAACAGGAACUGAAGUAUGUCCAACGUCUGCAGGAUCUUGAGUUGGUGAACAACAGGACGGUAUCCCUUGAGAAGAACCCUCUCAAGGAUGCAGAGAGUAUCAUGGAGAAGGUUAAGACUAAGGUAAUGAAGGAAAGAAUGAGGGUGCAUGAGUUCAUGCGCAACUAUGACAAGCUUCGUACGGGUCGUAUGCUUACUGAGAAUUUCAGACGCUCCUUGGACAAUGCCGGUCUUGGUCUGCAACCCUCAGAAGUAGACAUCCUCAUCAGAACGUUCCAGUCACCAAGCGAUCCCAAAUUCGUGGAAUGGCUUCUAUUCAGUGAUCACGUAGAGAGUAUCUUCACGUUGAAGAACCUGGAAAAGGAUCCUCUCAUCACGCCGGAGCAGUUCAAACCAGCUGUUCAGGUGGAGAAGAACGUACUCACGUCAGUAGAAGAGAAUAUUCUUGCAAACACUGUCGAAAGACUUGCACAAAAGGUCCACAAGGGACGCAUUCAGCUUUAUCCACUCUUUGAGGACUAUGACAGAGUCCACAACGGCACCGUCUCCCAGUCGCAGUUCCGUCGUGUCCUUAGCGAACUCGAGCUCGGAUCACUGGUCAACGAAGUCGAACUCGACGUCCUUUGGAAAAAAUUUGAGAUCGUGAUUGGUUUGAAGACUGAUGUGGACUAUUGCUCCUUCUGUGAUUUAAUCUACAAGAAAGCAAAUAUUGAACUCUUCAGACCAUGAAUGAUUUUGUGCUAGAUGAAUGUAUAUAACAUUGGAUUAUUCAAAGUGAGAAAGGGGUUACAUCUGUGCACAUCCUUCUGAAUGAAGAUAUGUGAACUCUUCAGACUGAAUGGAUUCUUGCUAAACAAAUCUUAAUAACAUUUGAAUAUUCAUAGUGAGAAAGGGUUAUAUAUGUGUAUAUCCUUGUGAAAUUAAGAUAUGCGAACUCUUCAGACCAUGAAUUCUUUUCUGCUAGGCAACUCUAAAGAUAAUUCAUUGAAUUUUUCAAAGUGGGAAUGGGUUGCAUCCAUGUAAUCAUUGUGAAGUAAGAUGCAUGAACUCUUCAGAAAAUAUAUAGUUUUCUGCCAGAUGAAUUUUAAUAAUAUUGAUUUUUUUUGUGGGAAAGGGGUUGCAUCUGUGUACACCAUUGUGCAUUAAGAUAUAUGAACUAUUCAGACUAUAAAUGGUUUCUGCUUUAAUAGACAAGUAUAAAUAACAUUACAAAUAUUCCAAAAGGGAAGAGAGUAACAUUUUUGUAUGUCCUUGGAAGUAAGUUAAGCAUUUUACUUAUUUCAUUUAUUUCCAUGUAAAGUAGCACAGAAGGAAAAGUAAUUUUGAACUUCAUUCAAAUAAGGCUGUGAAACUUUUGCAAGGAAAGAUUGUGUUUCUCUCUCAUGCACACUGGUAGGUAUAUGUAUAGUUUCAAAUCCAUAUAAAUACGAAAAUGAGAUCAAUUAAAAGAAAAUUGACAAGUUUGACUUUUCAUCAAACAGUAGAAAUGGGUUUUAGUGUUUUUUCAACUGCCUUUACUUCUUGUUUGAAGCAAUAGGGAUAUUACUAAGUUUGCGAUAUCAGUCGGUCAUUAAAGGCAACAAAAAUGUCUGGGCCCCGUCUUACAAAGAGUUACGAUCGAUCUGAUCAAUCUCAAGUAUAUGGAAGUCCAUCAGUGUCAUAAUUUUUCUUCAGGAAAUUUGCUCAAUAUCCUUUGUAAACAAAGAGGAGCAUACUGAAUUGUCCAGAAAACAGUGAAUGUAUGAAUAUAUAUAAUUUUUUGAAAAUAUUUUGAACAAACAUGUAUUUUAGAUGUUGACGUUGCUGGCUGUCCAUAGUUGCAAUUGAUCGGAUCAAUGAAUUAGAAUGAGAAAUUACAGGAGAUCUUUUUUCAUAAAGAAGUCUUGGUAACACUUCUUUCUGUCAUUGAAAAAAAAUCCUUGUUUAAUAUGCCCUUUUCUCUGUAGUCCAUUUAUUCUCUUAAUUCUAAUUGCAUUCUCAAACAUUGUUUUAUUUUUGUCAAACUGUAUUCCUCUUUGUUUUUUUGUUGAGGAAGGUAAGGGUUGGGGCUGAUGUGUUAAUAUUCAUGUCAGUAAUCAUUUUGACAGCUUCAAUUCUGAGUGUACACUGUAUAUUUAACUUUACACAUACAUGUUCAUAUAUAUGUAUUUAUAUUCCAGAUCUUUAAAACUCAUUCCCAUAUUAAUGACCUGUAUAAAAAAAAAUGUAUAAAGAAGUGUGAAAUAUGUGUGUACAUACAAAACUGAUCUAUGUAUGCAGAAGUGCAUGAAAAUAUGAUAUAUUUUACUAUAAAAGUACACCUUUAUUCGGAUAGGUGGAUAAUUUAAUUACUGUAUGUAAUAUGCAUGAUGUGUCAGCAGCUUAUGGUCUGUACUAUGCAGAAUAUAUUAUAUUGGAAAUUCAUAUUUGUGUGUAAUUCUACCAUCAUAGAGAAAAAUAUGGACUAGUAAUUAAUAAUAACAAAGUUUUUAUAUUUAUGUAUCAUAUUUAUUGUGUAAUAUAUGAAUAUUCACUGCAUUUCAAUUGUUUCAGCUGCAUUUUCCACCGUCCGACAUUACCUAGUGCCUAUAUGUCAGCUCACCUAUGGAAACUUUAAAGCGUUUUUCUACUUUAUUAAUUGUUAAGAUAUUUUAUCUUGUUGAAUCUACUUAAUAUCUUUAUCAAGUCGUCCUUAUAACCCUGUGAGUCAACAUGGCCACUUGGGAUAUCUUGUCAAGGUGAUUUCUCAAAAAUUACAUGUCAUCGCCAAAAUAUAUUUUUUUAGAGGUGAACUUGACAAGAUACCUCUAGUCACCUUGUCGACUUUAUAAUUUGAUAAGUUACCAUGAUGGUUAAAUCUACUUGAAAAGAUAAAAUAUCUUGCCAUCACAUGUGGUAGCAAGUCAUUUUAAAGAUUCGGUUCUCAUUUGUGGUAUUUAGAAGGCUAUGCAAAUAUUUUUUCAAGUAUUCAAAGGCAUCACCAAAAUCUAUAUGCAAUUUCAUUGUCAGUGUGUAUAGAAGGAUGUUUAAUAUAAUAUGUGAGUCUUUUCGUUGAUAACAUACCAUAUACAUCUAUAUAAAUUUCGAUACCAACUGAAAAUUCAGUAUUUUUCUAGCAAGUAUAUCUGUUCAAAUAUUGAAAUUAUCCGUCCUAUACCUACAAUUGUAUUAUGGAGAUAUUUUUCCUACUCAAUGGGUGAUUUCAAGUUCAGUGUUGACCUUUUGGUGUUGGUCUUAGGUCAAUUUUUACAUGAGUAUUACACCAAACAUAACAUGAAGAUGAUCCUAAAAAGUCACUCACUAGUUGUUGAGAUGUCAAUAAUGUGAUCUGGAUCAGUUUUACAAACUCUGAAUAAGUUUUGGAGCUUGGGUAAGCAUCCAAAUUUCAACACUAACACCAAGGCCAAAACUGGACUUGAAAUCACCCAGUAUGUAUUAAGUGCUCUUCAAGCUGUAUAUUGGUGUAUGUUAGAAGACUUUAUAUUUUUCUUCCACUCAUUUUCGGAAUAUUGAUGAAAUGUAAGAUUUGAUUGAAAUAAAAAUUUCAGUGUUAUUUGUCAUGA